UUGGUUGCACUUAUUGAGAUGGAGCCGACGGACGGAGACACUGUUUGUAUGUUUAUCACAAAGCGGAAGACGUCUAGUCCCUCUCUAGACCUCCUAUUCGAGUUUUCGUUUUAUCAGUAGAAGAUUUGGUAGCAAGAUACAGCUGCUCAGAGCGCGCUGACCGGACAAAUCUCAUAACAUCGUCGCUCGAGAAGAAUGUCGACGAUUGAAAGAGUUUUAGCUACAUGACAUAAUAUCUCGGUUGGCUUGUCGAAAACUGCAACAUUUUGCAUAUUUGACUCGCUGAAAAUGUUAUCGUGUCGAGUUUUAGAGGUUUUUGCGCUUGCGGUUUAGUAGGAGGAUGUGACUAGGAUCCAGCACAUCUGGAGAUGGAAAUCUUUACGUGACCGUUAGAGACGAUUCAACGUGGUCUAGGCUACUUGGGAUAUUGUGAAUCAAAAGACUUUUUCUGUUACUACUAUGGGCGAUGAGUGGUGCUCUGGCAAAAUUGCUGAUGUAAAACGUUUCCAGAAAGAGUUGGAUGUGAACUGACUUGUUGCUUCUACGAGAAACCCAGAAAUGGGGGAAGUUGCUAUACUCAAGGCCCUGCUUGCCACAGCGUGGCUACUAUGUGUUCUCGCAGAUCAGAUAACAGAUUACUCAUCCACAGUGUCUGGCCCCAGUCGGCGGGUGACGUGUGCGUGCGAAAACCGCCCAAACUGCGAAGGCACUUGCUCCGGCUACGUGUGCUUCUUCAGCGUGGUCCAAGGCUCCCAGUCCAAGGGCUGCUUCGAGCGGGAACAAUAUGAGCAGUGCCACACGGGGCGCAUCCCAGGCCUGUACAUCAACUGCUGCACCGAUGACAUGUGCAAUGCCCACCUCACCGAGCCCAAAGAACCAGAGGUGAAGCCCCCCGCCGGCGACACAGGUUCAGACAGCUUGAUCAUGCUGGUGGCCGUGCCUCUGCUGGUGCUGCUGAUCGUUGCCAUGGCCACGUGUGCCCUGGUGCUGUGGCUGCGCUACCGCAAUCCCCGCUACAGACUCGCCAGGGAUGACGACGACGCCACCAUGAUGAAGAUCCCCGCAGGAGCUGACCCCAACUACGGGGACAUCUUUGAUGAGUUCUGCACCUCUGGCAGUGGUACAGGGCUGCCUUAUCUGGUGCAGAGAACGAUGGCUCGACAGAUUUCACUUGUGGAGUGUGUUGGUAAAGGCCGUUAUGGAGAAGUGUGGAGAGGCACGUGGACGGGUGAGAGUGUGGCUGUAAAGAUCUUCUCCUCUCGGGACGAGCAGUCCUGGUUCCGUGAGACUGAGAUCUACAACACUGUUCAGCUCAGACAUGACAACAUCCUGGGCUUCAUUGCGUCAGACAUGACGUCCAAGAACUCCAGCACGCAGCUGUGGCUGAUCACACACUUCCACGAGCUGGGCUCGCUCUACGACUACCUGCAGUACAGCAGCCUGGACCCCGAGGGCUGCCUGCGCAUGUGCCUGUCUGUGGCCAGUGGCCUGGUGCACCUGCACACCGAGAUCCUCAGCACGCAGGGCAAGCCGGCCAUCGCCCACCGAGACCUCAAGAGCCGCAACAUCCUGGUCAAGAGGAACGGCCAGUGCUGCAUCGCCGACCUGGGCCUGGCCGUCAUCCACUCUCAGAGCAAUGACUACCUGGAUGUGGGCAACAACCCUCGUGUGGGCACCAAGCGCUACAUGGCGCCGGAGGUGCUAGACGAGAGCAUCCGAGUGGACGUCUUCGAGUCUUACAAGCAGACGGACAUUUGGGCCCUCGGCCUGGUGCUGUGGGAGAUCACCCGCCGGACCGUCGUAAAUGGAAUCGUGGAGGAGUACCGCCCUCCCUUCUUUGACGUGGUGCCCUCCGAUCCCAGCUUUGAGGAGAUGAGAAAAGUUGUGUGUGUGGACCAGUAUAGGCCAAGUCUGCACAACAGGCUGUGCUCCCAUCCGAUCCUGACCACCAUAGCAAAGGUCAUGAAAGAGUGCUGGUUCCAGAGCCCCCCAGCACGUUUGACCGCUCUCCGUGUGCGCAAGACCCUCUCCAAGCUGGACCAGGACACAGACCAGAGCAUAGACAAGCUCAAACAGGAUGUCUGAACAACCACCACCACAGGAAGACACAGGAGUCCACCCAAGCGUGGAAAUCAACUUUUUAAUAUAUAUAUAUAUAUAUAUAUAUAUAUAUAUAUAUAUAUAUACUGUAUAUUUGCUGUUUCCUCUGCCAGAGCUGCCAUGCUUUUUCCUUGUGAUCUUUCUUGAGAUGGUCCCCGCCUAAUGUGCCUUUUGAGACGGAUUCUCCGCUUCAGCCCAUGACAUCACUGUCCUGUCUGGCGCUCUACGGCCAAGGCCGUCUCCUAAGAUUUCCGGCCAUUCCCAGCCUUCGGCCACUGUUUUGGACUCAACUGAGACGGAUUUCAGGCCCCGUUGGUGCUUCACUCUGUGCGCUUGUGUUUUUUUUUGUGCAGGAAUGUAAUCCAGGAUUUAGUGACUGUGUCGUAAAAGUCAGUCAAGCGUGGCAAGCGAGCAACAGAGCAGACGCCGGCCAGCUAAGGAGGGGAAAGUGAACGCGCGUCAGCGCUGCAUUUCAGUCCACAGUUCUUGUUGUCCGGCUCAUUUUUUCAAAGCUUUUGUUUUGCCAGGAUGUGCGUGUCAUUCUGACUUCCCUCAAACAUUUCCUUAAAUUCCUUAAGGAUUUUCCUGUCAUUCCUGAAGGAGGUAUUUCAUUCCAAAUAGCUGGGCAGGGUGGGAGUCAUAUUUCCCAUUACGUGUCAGUGUGUUUAUUUGUAUGGACGGAGAUGUAUUGAUUUGACUUUGCCUGGAAGCCCACUGCAUCUACCACAUGCACGAUGCAAACUCCCAUUAAGACAUCACUUCCUUUGUUACUUCACACUAUUUGCCAAUACACAUGUGCUAAUUGUGAUCACAUCAGUAUCUUCAGCUCUUAAGCUUGCCUUGCUAUUUAAUACUUUUGUAUGACAUGCAUUUUUAUCACCAAAAACAUUUGUAAUCAUCAUUUCAAGAACGUACAUAUAGGCUACAAUAUUUUGGAGUAUAAAACAGUAACGUUAUAACUAUAACAGGACAUGGUGAUAUAUUUUUAAAAAGAAAAGAAAUAAAGACACACUAUGCUACUAUG